GUUUGAUGGGUGUUGAUUUCCGGUAUUUAGCGCCUGCUUUUUCAGGUUACUCAGCGUGUGUGCGUGCGCGCGCGCGUGCAUGCGCGCGUGCGUGAGUGUGGGUGCGUAUAUGUGUGCGUGUGUGUGAGGGAGAAUGUCAGAGAGUUUGUAGUGUUGGAUUUAAACGCUCCCAGCGCGGAUACUGUCACCGCUUUGCACCGCAGGCAGGCUCCGUGUUUCCUACAUGCAAGUUACAGCGGCGCCUCCAUCAUCAUCAUCAUCAUCACCACCACCACCGCCGGGCUACAAUGACGGAGAGCUCCGCGACCGAGCUCGCCAACGGUGGCGUGUGUCAGCGAGUGAGGAACGGAGUGAGAGCGGAGCGGAACGGCUUGGCGAAGAGCAUCCGCCGCCGCCGCGAGCGGCGGACCAAGCGGCACUGCCAAGCCGAGGAGGAAGAGGAGGUCCCAGCGUUGCCUCAUGCCAGGCUGUACAGCCGGCCCUUCGUGGAGUCCUUCGAGGAGACGCCCAUGCUCGUGGCGGUGCUCACCUACAUGGGCUACGGCAUCCUCACCAUCUUCGGCUACUUCCGUGACUACCUCCGUCACUGGAGGAUCGAAAAGUGCCACAUCGCCAGGGAGAAGGAGACGCAAAAGGACUUUGUGCCACUUUACCAGGAUUUCGAGAACUUCUAUACCCGAAACCUUUACAUGCGGAUCAGGGACAACUGGAAUCGGCCGAUCUGCAGUGUCCCUGGUGCUAAAGUGGACUUGCUGGAACGAGUGUCCCACGACUACAACUGGACCUUUCAGUUCACCGGGCGGGUAGUGCCGGGCGUGAUCAACCUGGGCUCAUACAAUUACCUCGGCUUUGCCGAGAAUACGGGUCCAUGUCUUGACUCUGUAGCCGAAGUCACCGAGAAGUACGGCGUGGGCGUCGCCAGCACGCGGCAGGAGACCGGAAACCUGGACCGACACGAGGAGCUGGAGACGCUGGUGGCCCGGUUCCUGGGCGUGGAGUCAGCCAUGGCGUUCGGGAUGGGCUUCGCUACCAACUCCAUGAACAUCCCGGCGCUGACUGGAAAGGGCUGUCUGAUACUAAGUGAUGAGCUGAACCACGUCUCUCUGGUGCUGGGAGCCAGACUCUCCGGAUCCACCAUCCGAGUCUUCAAACACAACAAUAUGCAGAGCCUUGAGAAACUGCUGAGAGAAGCCAUAGUUCACGGGCAGCCUAGGACCCACAGACCGUGGAAGAAGAUCCUCAUAGUGGUGGAGGGCAUCUACAGCAUGGAGGGAAGCAUCGUUCGGCUGCCGGAGGUGAUCGCCCUCAAGAAACGCUACCGGGCCUACCUUUAUCUAGACGAGGCCCACAGCAUCGGGGCGCUGGGCCCGAGGGGCCGAGGCGCCGUGGAUUACUUUGGCCUCGACGCCUGCGAUGUGGAUGUCAUGAUGGGCACCUUCACCAAGAGCUUCGGCGCCGCUGGAGGCUACAUCGCAGGGAAGCGGGAGCUUAUCGACUACCUGCGCGUCCACUCCCACAGCGCCGUCUACGCCACCUCCAUGUCUCCUCCUGUGGUGGAGCAAAUCAUCACUUCUAUGAAGUGCAUUAUGGGAGAGGAUGGCACGGCAGUAGGCAGGGAACGCGUGCGGCAGCUGGCAGAGAACACGGUCUACUUCCGUAAGAGGCUGCGAGAGAUGGGCUUCAUCAUCUACGGCAACAACGACUCUCCUGUUGUCCCCAUGAUGCUCUACAUGCCGGCAAAGAUAGGAGCGUUCGGCAGGGAGAUGCUGAGGAGGCACAUCGGCGUGGUGGUGGUGGGCUUCCCCGCCACGCCCAUCAUCGAGUCGCGGGCCCGUUUCUGCAUCUCCGCCGCCCACACGAAGGAAAUGCUGGACAGGGCUCUGAGUGUCAUCAGCGAGGUAGGGGACCUUCUUCAGCUCAAGUACUCCAGGCGCAGGAAACCGCCGCCUUUUGACAACGACGCGUGCGAGGACAUUGACGACUGAUGAGCCGCUCCCGCCUUGAAGGAGCGCGACGCCGAAUGAACCCCGGGAAACAAAGGAGGGGUCAAGAUGGAUCACGAGUCUUCCACGAGCAAUGAGAUGCACACAGGUGGCCCCUGUCACUCGCUUGUCAUGUAACCACGCAACGGGAGGAAAACACUUGACUAUUGGCUCCUUCUGUUUUGCCUUAGAAAAUACAGAAUGUGUUGGACACGAACUAAAAGAAACAAUUCUCGCGUUUUAAUUAAGACCCAAACCAUCAACUUCUGCAUCUAACAUGGAAUUCACUAUAGAUCUCUAAAAUCAGUCAUUAAAUAAAGGCAGAAAACACGGUUUUAGCGUUGGAACAGUUCACGUUUAUCUGCGCGUUACUGUUUUAUGGGAUUUUCAUGAAUGUAAACGUUUGGCCACAUUUCAUCAUCAGCUGAGGUCACUGAUGAAGUCAGUCACUAACAGGAAGCCUGUGAAUAGGCUUUUUACCUGCGGCGAAGAGAGCUCCAGUGUGUAAAUCUACAAAGUUGAGACGUGCUCAAAAACCGAACUGGGAACCUCGGUUUGUCCCGCGUGUCAUCAGCUCUGGUCUGGGCAGCGUUGCUCCAACGUGCCUGAAUCCAGACACAAAUGAACAACUGUUUCUGUCAUCAGGCCGUGAGCGCUGUUUGCAGAUCACGCGUAUCUGCAUCCAUUCUGAAUGCAACAAUAACACCCCUGUUUGGAACAUAGCUCUCAUACAUCAAAGCCCAAUUACACUUGCACAACAUCUAACUUUUGUGCAGUGAUUGCCAAUUUAAAUAACUGUUACAUCCAUUGACAUUGCAUAUAAUUACGGUCUUCUUGAUUCCCUGUUGACAUCGUUUAAGCUUAGGAUCAAAUUCAACUUGAUUAUGGCUUCAUUCCAGUGCUCCGACGUCACUCACCUCCCCAAAAAGUCAAUGAAGUCUUACAUUACACAUUAAAAAAGCCUUUUUUUAUGAAUAUAAAGACUGAGCGUCUGUUUUAUACUGGGAGGAUUUUCUUUCAAAGGUUGAAAUUCUACUUUUAUUGUGUUCAUUCCCAGCAGAGCAACAUUUAAUCUGCUGAUCCAAACACCCGUGUGGAUCAGCUUCAACGUUUACCUGAUGUUCACUUUAUCUCCUGGGUAAUUAUUUGCAGCUACCUUAUCGCUCGGUGUUUGAUUAUUUUGUUUUUAUGCCUCGAGGAGAAAAACUGCUCAGUGUGGCGUGAGCCUUUAAUAAGUUUAAUGAGUGUGUGACUGGGGACGAGUGUUUGCACUGAUUUGAUAGGUUUUAGACAUUAAUGAGCGUUUUAUUUCUCCUUAAUUUCUGUUUUUUUUAAGUUUAUACCUUCUGAACUCUUGAUUUAUUCAUUCUUGCUGCUGCUGCUGCUGCUGCUGCUGAGAUUUGAGACAGUUACGAUCCUUAAUUAAGGCAGCUAUGAAAACUAUCCUACAUGCAUCCAGUCGCGCUCACAUGAACACUGAAGCCUCAGCUAGAGCUCGUACAGUCAGCUGCACGGUGACGCACAGUAACCUGCUCUGUUCGUGUCUGUGCCAGAAAAGUCCACUCCAGAUAAGUCUGGCUCCAACAUCUCGGCACAUCUGUUCAUUAGGGGAACC